AUGGUGUCUCAAUCACCAAUACCACUUCAUUUGUGUUUCUUCCUCAUCAUACUCUUCAUGUUCCUAAGCUUGUCAUGGUACUCGAGUUACGAAUCAAUGUUCGAGGGUUUCUUCGAUAGUCUUAGGUUGGUUUUUAUCAUUUCACCGGUUUUGUUAUUAGUGGUUCUUCAGUUGAUUUCCACAUUUGAUGCUACCGGCCGCUCGACGUUCUUUGUGGCGGAUAAUGAUUCAAAUGCCGGCUCAACUCCGUGGGGUGUUGGUUUGGUUCUUGUGCUUCUUUUGUUCUUGCUUUCUUAUCAGUCUGAUCUUAGGGAACGGUGGUUUCCGCUUCUUAGUUGA